AUGGACGCAUUUCUCUCACUGCCAACAUCACAUUGUCAUGCUCGGCAACCUGAUAGCGUUCCAGCUAUCCAUUUAAAAAACGAAAUUAAACUUCGUACUGCAACAACAGAAGAAUCAACCAGUGCAAUUAUUCAUUCGGUCUUACGUAUUUAUCCACUCAGUGCUGUUGUUGAUGCCGAUGGUCGUUUACCAGCAAAAUUGAGAAAAACAUAUCGUGACGAAGGCUUCAUCUUGCACGAAGACAAAAAAUUAAAUAUAUUUACAAAGAAAACUAAUUUAUCUAUUCUGAAGCAAAACAAGCAUUCGUUCGCUAAUGACACGUUCAAAGUGUGUCCCGACGAUGAUCUUGGUGGAAAUUGUCGAAAGGGGAAAAUAUCGAAAGCAUGA